AUGUAGUGCUGUGGGUCUGGGAGGGUGUUGUGAAGAUGGGCGGACUUUAAAACACAGCAGGAAAAGACAGGAAAGCCGAUCCUUCCCCGGAGCACAACAAAAAGAAAACGAUGGCUGCCAUCCGUAAGAAACUUGUCAUAGUGGGUGAUGGAGCUUGUGGAAAGACCUGUUUGCUGAUUGUUUUCAGUAAAGAUCAGUUCCCUGAAGUCUAUGUGCCCACAGUGUUUGAAAACUAUGUAGCGGACAUUGAGGUCGAUGGAAAGCAGGUAGAACUGGCCUUAUGGGAUACUGCUGGACAGGAGGACUAUGAUCGGUUAAGACCACUGUCCUACCCUGAUACAGAUGUCAUUCUUAUGUGCUUUUCCGUCGACAGUCCUGAUAGCUUGGAGAAUAUUCCAGAAAAGUGGACACCAGAGGUGAAGCAUUUCUGUCCGAAUGUACCUAUCAUUCUCGUGGGUAACAAAAAGGAUCUCCGAAAUGAUGAGCACACACGAAGAGAACUUGCCAAAAUGAAACAGGAGCCCGUAAAGCCAGAGGAAGGGCGAGAUAUGGCCAACCGAAUCAAUGCCUUUGGAUACUUAGAGUGCUCUGCCAAGACAAAAGACGGAGUGAGAGAAGUGUUUGAGAUGGCCACCAGAGCUGCACUACAAGCAAGGAAACGUGGCAAAAAGAGUGGCUGUCUGCUGUUAUAGAAACCUGUAGAGGAGAGGAUAUCAGUUAACACAGCCCAGAAGACUUAAAAGCAGGGAGGGGAGGGAUAGAUUGGAUUGGACAAGCCUAGCAUUCAUAUCCCAGUACAGUUGGCAUAUAAGACUGAUACUGGGACAACGUGUCAGACAAACCAUGAGAGACCAAUGGAAAGACUUUGGGAACAGUUGGGAAUAGGAUGGCGUUAUUUCCUGUCAUCACAAAGAUUUUGGUAAAGCGAUUUCUGGUAAUGUCAAGCAAAAACUUUGAGAUCAAAUGUAUAAAUGGACUCUAUACCCUAGGAUAUUUGAUGUAGAGUUAUUUUUUUCUUUUACUUUUUAGCCCCAAACUGUUAUAUGCCAGUUUAAAAUGUUCUCCUGUAUGCGUCUCUUUUAGGUUUACCUUCCUGUCUUUAACAACUGUUUUAUGUGUUGGACAGAUUGUAUGUAUGUUUGUUUGUAUAUGUAUAUGAAUGUUUGUUAAAAUGAGUGCAUGUCCAGGUCAUUUCUUUGUACAUGAGUAUAUCUGGCCAGCUUUAUUCUACUCAACUAGUUCAGUGGACACACAAUGAACACUGAAGUGGGGUGUAUUGUGUUUAACCUCCCACUAAAGGCAUUUUCCUUUUUAUAACUGAUGUCUCAAGAGUCUGGGCUCUACAUUAGAGAUCUAAACCAUUUAGCGAUACUGAAGCAUAAUUAUUAUUAUUUUUUAAAUCAUUGCAUUUAGAAAUGAAAUUUAAGAAAUUCAAAUUUCAGUUUGAGGACUCGUUUUUAAAGGGGGGUACGUUAUUGUGGUGUGAAUGCAGCAUCACGCAAAAGCAAACUUUUUUUUGGAAGCAAUUGCAGGGUAAGAUGCAGUCUGCCUUUUUUAACACCAAAAAUCUGCAGAAUUCUGUGGCAUGGAUUUAAACAUGGUAAAAUAUGUUGAAAGUGGUCAUGUGGUCACUAGGAAGGGGCUUACCUGCUUAAUGUGAAAUAAAAAAAAAAGUGUUUUUAAGGUCAGUGAUAUGACCUGAGUCUUCAUCAUGUACAUCUUUUUAAACAUAUUUUAAAAGUACUUUUAAGUUUGUUUUUUAAUGUAGAGAAGCUUUGUGCACCUUAAUUUUUAAUUUUAGCAGUAAAUUGAUAUAUGCUGUAAAUUGGACUAAUAACACUAUGUAACACCA